AUGGCUGUAUCAGGAAUGGGAGACGGUCGCCUUCCCGGGGGUGAUCGGCUUUUCAAUGAAGCGGCGACGGAGGAGAAAGGCGAACGAGCCCGACUGUCGUCGUUCGUGGGCGCCAUGGCCAUUUCGGAUCUUGUCAAGUCCACACUCGGACCCAAAGGAAUGGACAAGAUUCUGCAGUCCACCAGCCGUGGGGGCGGGCUGAUGGUGACCAACGACGGAGCCACUGUUCUCAAGGCACUACACAUUGACAAUCCCGCUGCCAAAGUGCUCGUUGACAUCUCCAAGGUGCAGGACGAUGAGGUGGGCGAUGGCACGACGUCAGUGGUGGUGCUGGCGGGGGAACUGCUGAGAGAGGCGGAGAAGCUGGUUACCGCGAGAAUCCACCCCAUGACCAUCAUUUCAGGUUACCGCAUGGCUCUGGACUGUGCCCGGGAGGUGCUCAUCAGCAAGAGCAGAGACAAUAAGGACGACCCAGCCAAGUUCAGGGAGGACCUUCUGCGCAUCGCCAAGACCACCCUGAGCUCCAAGAUCCUCUCGCAGGACAAGGAGCACUUCGCCUCGCUCGCAGUGGAUGCGGUGUUGCGUCUCAAGGGCAGCACCAACCUGGAAGCCAUUCAGAUCAUUAAGAAAGCGGGAGGGGCCCUGUCUGACUCGUACCUGGAUGAAGGGUUCAUUUUGGACAAGAAGAUAGGCGUUGGGCAGCCAAAAAGGAUUGAAAAUGCAAAAAUCCUCGUUGCCAACACAGCCAUGGACACGGAUAAGGUCAAGAUUUAUGGUGCCCGCGUGCGCGUGGACGGCAUGGCGAAAGUCGCCGAGAUUGAAGCAGCCGAGAAGAACAAGAUGCGGCAAAAGGUCGAGAAGAUCAUCGCGCACGGAAUCAACUGCUUCAUAAACCGGCAGCUGAUCUACAACUUCCCGGAAGAGCUCUUUUCGGACGCGGGGGUUAUGGCGAUAGAGCACGCGGAUUUUGAGGGGAUUGAGCGGCUGGCCCUGGUGACGGGCGGUGAGAUUGCGAGCACGUUUGAGGACCCGGCUGGAGUGAAGCUGGGGCAGUGCAAGGUGAUUGAGGAGAUCAUGAUUGGGGAGGACCGGCUGAUCCACUUCUCGGGGGUGGCGCUGGGCGAGGCCUGCACCAUCGUGCUGCGCGGCGCCAGUUCACAUGUGUUGGACGAAGCUGAGAGGUCGCUGCACGAUGCACUGUGUGUGCUGACAGCAACAGUGGCAGAUAGCAGAGUGGUGUGGGGCGGGGGCUGGCCUGAAGUCAUGAUGGCGACGCGAGUUGAUGACCUUGCUCGCCGCACACCCGGCAAGCGCGCUCUAGCAGUGGAGGCUUUUGCUUCUGCCCUUCGCGCCAUCCCCACCAUCAUUGCUGAUAACGCUGGGCUGGACAGUGCAGAGCUGGUGGCUCACCUCCGGGCGGCCCAUGCUGAUGAAAACAGCCGUGCCGGCAUUGAUAUUGUCACAGGGCAGGCUGGCGACAUGGAGGCGUGUGGGAUCUACGAGUCGCUCAAGGUGAAGCAGGCCGUGCUGAUGUCAGCAACGGAGGCAGCCGAGAUGAUCCUGCGUGUUGAUGACAUCAUCACCAACGCUCCCAGAAGGCUUCCUGAUUCCUUCGGGCUGUACGAGAUCACGAAGAAAAUCCUCUCUUGUCUUGCUCGUCCCUCGAAACACGGCGCGAAUGUGGACCUUAUCGCUGAACUUGCCAAGGAGGUGACGGAUUGUGGCUUUACCGACUCGAGAGGAAGCCGUAACCACGGCAACUACAAUCUUCUGGGAAGGCUGUUCACCAGCGAGAGUCGCGGCGCCAUUUGCGGCGUCAGUCGUUGGAUUGGGGCUGCAUUUGCACACAUUGCUACCCCUCCGUCCAGUCCCAUCUCCCCCGUCUCUCCCUUCCACUCCUCCCGCACUUCCUGCACCUCCCGCUUUAUCUCUUCCCCAUCUGCCCCCUCCGUCCGUCCCCACCGAUUCCGCCGCUCCUUCCCCCUGCCCGCCCAGCACCUGGAGCAGUCGCUGGCGGAAGCACAGCUCCGCCUCGCGCAGGCGGAAGCGUUGCUGCGCGCGCAGGGGGUGGUUCCGCCAUGGGGAGGGGGCAACAGGGAAGCGGGACACGAGGACGCGGAGGUCAGGGAAGCGGAGGAAGGGGUAGACUAUGCGCAAAGGGAGGAGAGUGCGGGAGUUGAGUCUGGUGGGGGAAAUGAGGAGGUUUGUAAAGAGGCUCGUGGAGGGGAAGAUGAGGCACCUGCAUUGACUCGGUUGACUCAAGAGGGAGGGGACCAUGCUGGUGGGGAAGAUGGUGGGGACGAUGGCGGAAUUGGGGGUGGUGGUGCAGAGAAGCUUAAAGAUGGAGAGGGUUUACAGAGUGGCGGAAAGAGGGGAAAAGGAGGGAGGAAAGUUCGUGGGAAGGUGCUGGAAAACUACAGGACUCGACACGUGGCGCUGCAGAUCAUGUACCUGGGUUCGAGGUACCUUGGUUUUGCAUCUCAAGGCGUUGUGGGCCCCACUGUAGAAGUAAGGCAUUGCCGCAUUGCACUGCACUCACUUGACACCCUGCAGCACACAAAGCUGCUGCUCCCCCCCUCCUCACCUCCUCUCUCUUGUUUCUUAACAUCUCAAAUGCCUUUCCUUGCUGCGUCCCCUGUUCCCCUUCCUCCCUGUCCUACUGCCAGGGCCGCCCUGCUACACACAAAGCUGUUGCUCCCUGCCGCCUCUCCUGCUUCCCCACAAGCACCCACGUCUGACGCUGAACCGCCUGCAUCUGCUGCUGUCAUGGACAAUGAUCGAGAUACGGGCUGCGAUGUGACUGUAGCGAGGGGUGACUGCACAGCACGUGAGCAGGGUGGAAGAGAUGUGACUGUAUCGAAUGGCCAUUUGGAUGCUAAGCUGCAGCGGAAGCAGAAGAGAGCAGCAAGGCAAAGAGGGGUGGAGGGUGUGUCUAUUGAGUGUGAUUAUAACGAAGGUGGUGGUGGUGCUGUGGCCAAGGGAGGUGUGGCUAUAAUGAAAGACAUCAUGAAGGAUGGAGCAGCAGGAUACUCCAGAUGUGGGAGGACAGAUCGAGGGGUGAACGCCAUUGGCCAGGUCGUUGCGCUUCAUCUGCGCUCCUCAGUUCGUCCACGUCAGCAGCACACAGGAAUGACAGCAGCUGACGUGGCACUUGAAGUCACUGACUGUGCAACAGCUGCUGCCACCCCAUCAGACCCACCUGCCAGCCAGAGCAACGUCAGCAGCAGUGGAAGCGUUGCAGCCGACCUGGCAGCAGCCGACGUGGCAAGGAGGUCUGCUGACGUGGCAGGGGAGUCCGCUGACGUGGCAGGCGAGAUUGACUACGUGGCAUCACUAAACAGAGCUCUUCCCGAUGACAUCCGUGUGCUGGCAUGGGCUUCUGCCCCUCCUGACUUCAGCGCCAGGUGGGUGACUUAUAUGGCGCGAGUUGAGUCCUGUGACAAUGUGUGUGAGUGCUGA